AUAUUCCCUUUUGACUUCCGACACUAGCUUUGAUAAUAUCAUCCAUCAUCAUAUCUGAAGAUGGUGGCACUUCCGGCGACAUGGUCUUUCUCUCUCACCACCUCCGCCGCCGCCGCCGCCGCUAGGCCUCGCCGAUUCAGCCGAUUUUCUGGUGUAACAAUGGCGUCCGCCGGUGUAAAUGUUGAAAAUGUGAAAGUUACCAAGGGUUUGGGUGAUUUGCCUAAGGUUACUUUGACUUCUGUUCAUGGAAGUGAGGCGGAGCUAUACUUAUAUGGAGGUUGUGUUACAUCCUGGAAAGUAGCGAAUAAAGACCUCCUUUUCGUUCGACCAGAUGCUGUAUUUAACGGGCAAAAGCCCAUCAGUGGAGGAAUACCACACUGUUUUCCGCAGUUUGGACCUGGAGCGAUACAGCAGCAUGGAUUUGCAAGAAAUUCUGAUUGGUCGAUUGUUAGCUCUGAAAAUGUCGAAGGAAAUCCUACGAUUACUCUCGAGUUAAAAGAUGGUCCGUACAGUCGUUCUAUGUGGGAUUACAGUUUUCAAGCUCUGUACAAGGUUACUCUGGACAAAAAUACCCUCUCGACAGAGUUGAAAGUAACAAAUACCGAUGAAAAGCCGUUUUCAUUUACUACUGCCCUGCAUACAUACUUUGCGGCUUUGGUACCAGGGGCAACUGUUAGAGGUUUAAAAGGCUGCAAAACAUUGAACAAAGAUCCCGACCCUAAGAAUCCAAUCGAGGGUGCAGAGGAAAGGGAUGCUAUUACGUUUCCUGGAUUCGUAGAUUGCGUUUAUCUAGAAGCUCCGGCAGAAAUACAGCUGGACAAUGGUUUGGGUGAUGUCAUCACCAUCAAGAAUACAAAUUGGUCAGAUGCUGUUUUGUGGAACCCUCAUCUAACAAUGGAAGCGUGUUAUAAAGAUUUCGUGUGCGUUGAAAAUGCCCAGAUUGGAGAAGUUCAGAUAGGGCCGAACGAAUCUUGGACUGCAGUGCAACAACUAAGCCUGGCUUGAAAACUGCACCUGACAACAACUUUCGGAUUUUCUUUUUCUUUCAUUAAGACCGAUGUCUCGUCCAAAUAAAACGCACCAAGUGUAACUUGUAACGCUUCAUCAAUAAAAAAUAAUGUUUCCUUACACAUCUGUGUGUAUCUCUGUAAUUUUACUCGAAAA